CACCACUUAACGUCCCGCCUAGGAACGAUCGACAUCCGUGGAAGCUAUUCCCUGCCGCUUUCGAUGCUGCUAAACAGAGGACAAUGACAAAGACCACAUCCAUCGCUGCUUUAGGGCUGAGAAACAUGAGCACAUCUCAACGUCAUCCUACCAGCCCGCCAUUGUGAGGGAGGUGAACUCCAUCAACCAUUCAUUCAACCGCCAUCAAGUCACUUUGCCGGACCAGGGCACGUCCAGGAGGGAAUGCGGCCACUCGACGUAUCCCUACGUCAUGGCUAGACGUCUCUUCACUCACCACUCCUUAUUUAAACCUGGCUGAUCUCCAAGAAAUCUCAAUCCUCAUCAUCAACACAAUAACUGACUCAGCAAAUCUGACUGUCUACAACUACCAAAUUUAAAACUCAAUAUCUACAAUUCUAUCUUCAAUUUCUAAACAAAGCACACAUACAAUUGCCCAUCAUGUCCGGACUUAUGCACAAGGUUAAGGAUGCCAUGACUGGCCACCACAAGGAAUCCAGCAACACCUCUUCCUCCAACGCUGGUCCCCACUCCUCCAACAUGGCCAACAAGAUGGACCCCCGCGUCGACAGCGACCGCGACAACCGCGCCCGCCACGAAGCCAUGGGCGGCGCUCACGGCCCCCACGACUCCAGCAUGGCCAACAAGAUGGACCCCCGCGUCGACAGUGACCGUGACAACCGUGCCAACCCUACCGGCGGUAUGGGCGGCUCCGGUGCCGGCUACUCCUCCGGUGGCUACUCUUCGGGUCCUCAUGAGACCGGUAUGGCCAACAAGAUGGACCCCCGUGUCGACAGUGACCGCGACAACCGUGCCCGUCACCAGGCUAUGGGCGGUGCCCACGGCCCUCACGACUCCAGCAUGGCGAACAAGAUGGACCCCCGCGUUGACAGUGACAGAGACAACCGUGCCGCUGGCGGCUACUCCGGCACCCACACCACUGGCGCAGGCUACGGCGGUGCAGGAACAGGUGCAGGCUACGGCAGCAGCGGCGUGAACGACUACACCACCAGCAGCGGCUACGGUGGCAGCAGCAACGCAGGCCCUCACGGCUCCAACAUGGCCAACAAGAUGGAUCCCCGCGUUGACUCGGACAUGGACAACCGCGCCCGUCACCAGGGAAUGGCCAGCAGCAGCUACAACACUACCGGCCAGAGCACCACCGCCGGCCCUCACGGCUCCAACAUGGCUAACAAGCUCGACCCCCGCGUCGACUCGGACCUCGAUAACCGCGGGACCCUUGGCACCCAGCGGGGGUUUUGAGGGCUUGGUUGAGCUAAGGGAUGAUGUUUAUUAGAGCAGCAGCAGCAGAACAUAUUGCUUGCUUUGUUGAUGAUGAUUAUCCAUGAUGACCAUAUGUAUGUGGGGCCAGGAGAUAAAAGAGACUGGGCCUGAGAUGAUAUGAGAUGAUUGAUUGAUACCAGCGAAUUGUCUAUUUUUUGUUUUUUAUGUGACUUAAUGACUGGGUGUGUACUAUUAUCAGAUUGAUGAAGAGAG